CGCCUGCAGCCAUACCACCCAGCACCGACCCUGCAUCCUGGCCACUAUUGCUAGCUACAGUCGGAGGCGGUCACGACCUGAAACAGCUGCUUCGAUCGUGUGUGGUGAUGGUUGGCGUCCAGCAUGAUCCCGCGGUAGCAACAGCGCCUUCCCUCGGUGACGCCCGACAGGCGCACCCAGAUCCAAGGGUUAAGUCGCAGCCCGCUCGUUUCCUCUUCCACGAAUCCAGCACCGCCUUCGAGCAUGCAGUCGGCCUCGCCUCGGCGUCUGCAAGCCGCGCCGCCUCGACACUCGCCGCGAGCGAUGCCGGCCAGAGAAGGUGGCCACAGAGCGGGACGUUCGUCAACGAUGCCGGCACCACAACCCACGCCGCUUCCUCUUCCAGCUCUUGCAAUGCACCAGCCAAUGCUGCCAUCUCAGUAGUAGUCGAGGGAGAGGGUGCGGAACAGCAGGCGACGCGUUGGCCCGGAUAUGGGUCCACCGCUCUGGACGAUGCGGCUAACAAGGCACCGGGCAAAAGCGGAGAUUACAAAAUUGGCAUUGCCGUCCUGCCUAACAGCGAAAGCGGCGGAGAGAUCGACGAUCCGAGCCUGGAGAGCGAUGCAACACAGCAGAAGAUCUAUCUCCCCGAUGAAGACCUGCAGCUCAACUCUAGUUUCUGGGCCGUCUCUCUGCCGCGCCUACUUGCAUGGUAUGCCGCUGGCCUGCUCUCCGUCGGCCUCCUCCUGCUCUUCGGGUACUGGUUCCCUGUGUUCCGCUUGCGUGCCAUCGCGCGGCCCGUGAGCUUGCAGCGAGUCGCGACCGCAGAGAUGAGUGGACGGCAGAAGCAGCGUGUGCUGGUGUGCAUGCGCACAAAACACAGCCUCGACGUCGUCCACAUGAAGACGGUCCUCCUGCAGAGUCGGAUGAGUGUCGAAGAGGCCUUCCCACCGUCGCUCAAGGUGCCUUUCGAGUCGGCCGCGGCUGCUGCGCGUAAUAUUCGGCCAAACGCCCCCGCGCCUAUUUCCCAGGUUCCUGCUCCUCCUGCUUCAUGUUCCUCGACGCUAUCUGUCUCGGAGAAAUUCAGCAGGAACAAAAACAAGGACGUCCCGCAGAAGGAUACCAUUUCCCAAUUCCACUUGAUUAUCCACCGCUACACCACCUUCAUCGUCUCGCCCUUGCACGGCAAGCUCCUCCCCUUGGCCGCGUGGCGCGACAGCACGUGGACCUCGCUCAGCGCCGUGCAGGCUGCACUGGACGCACAGGCCGUCGCACGGAGGCAGGCGCUCUUCGGCAAGAACCUGCAGCAGGUCAAUGGAAAGAGCGUACCGAUGAUCCUCUUCGACGAGAUCCUGCACCCGUUUCUCGUCUUUACGCUCUGCGCCAUCGCGUUGUGGUCGUAUGACGAUUACCAGUGGUACGCACUUAUCAUCGGCCUCGUCACCAUCGCUGGUGUCAGCGUCAGCACGUACACCGCCAAGCGCGCGUACAACCGGAUGGAGAAACUGUCGGCGUUUACCUGCCCCGUCAGCGUCUACCGCCUGUCCUCCACUUUCACCUCGUCCCGCGGCAACGGCAGCGGCAACGCAGCGGCCAGUGGAUCAUGGAUGACGAUCGACAGCAGUGAACUCGUCCCGGGUGACGUGCUCGACAUGUCCGCGCACGGCGAUGCGGCGGUCGCUACGCUAGCGUGCGACGCAGCGCUACUGCAGGGCGGCGUCAUCGUCAAUGAGAGCAUGCUGACCGGCGAAGCCAUGCCGGUCGCCAAGACGUCCGCAUCGACGGCCGACCUGAGGGACUGCCUUGCGGUAGGCAAGGAUCUGGCGCAGAUCAACAAGCACAUCCUCUACUCUGGCACCAAGGUGCUCCGCGUCGCGCCUCCGCUCGUCGAAAGUGAUGGCGACACUGGCGCAAACCACGCAAACAAUGACAGCAUUAGCAGCAAAUGCACAGCUCUCGUCGUGCGCACUGGUUUCAACACAACGCGAGGGAGCUUGAUCCGUGCGAUGAUGUUCCCCAAGCCGAUCCAGUUCAAGUUCUACCGCGACUGCGUCUACUUUAUCAUCUUCCUUGUUCUCAUCGCCAUUCUCGGCUUCCUCGGCUCGCUUGUCAACUUCAUCCGCAAUGGUGUAGACCCGACGGAGAUCGCAUUGCGCGCGCUCGACCUUUUUACCAUCUGCGUCCCGCCCGCGAUCCCUGCGGCGCAGGCGGCGGUGAUCGCAUUCGCGCUCGCGCGCCUCCGCAUGCGCGGCGUCACGUGCACAAGCCCGCAGCGCAUCAACGUCUCUGGACGGGCCAACCUCUGCUGCUUCGACAAGACCGGCACGCUUACGCACACCGACCUCGACGUCCUCGGGACCCGCGCAACCGCCCUCGACGCGCAGAAGCUCACCCCGCUGCAGACCAAGGCGAUCCCUGCUGCUGCUAGCUUUGGACCCGCUGCUACAGGCGAGGGCGUCUCGCUCACGGAAGGCCUCGCGACAGCGCAUGACCUCAGCGAGGUGAACGGCACGCUGAUUGGCGAACCGCUCGAAGUCAAGAUGUUCAAGUUCAGCGAGUGGACGUUGGACUCGGUUGAUGCGGCUGUCGACUUGCAGGUCGAGUUGGGCGAGCAGCAAGGCAAACAUUGCGUCGAUGCCGGUGCCGCACGCACUGCCGACGGCAUACUGGCGACAACGACAAUUGUAUCGCCUCCGCCUUCCCCUUCUGGGGCCCCGUCGACUCGCCGAGCGAUUGUUCAAAAGUACGACUUUGUCAGCACUCUGCGACGCAUGAGUGUGCUCGUCCGCCGCGAGGAUUCCACCAACACGUUUAUCUACUGCAAGGGCGCGCCUGAACAGGUCGAGGCAGUGUGCGACUUGCGCACCCUGCCUGCGGACCUCAACGUCGUCCUGGGCCACUACACACAUGCCGGGUACCGCGUGCUGGGCCUGGCGGGCAAGUGCGUGCCGAACCUCAGUUGGGCGGCGUGCCAGCGCAUGCGGCGGAGCCAAGCCGAGUCCGACUUAACAUUCCUCGGCCUGCUAAUCUUUGAGAACCGGCUUAAGGACGGCACAGCACCUGCGCUUGCCAAACUGCAUGAGGCUGGCAUCCCGACCAAGAUGGUCACGGGUGACUCAGUGCUGACGGCGAUCGCCGUCGCCAAGGAAGCUGGCAUGGUUGAAAGUACGCAGCCGGUCUUUGUCGCGCGGCUCUCGGCCACGGGCGCAGGUGCGUGGAUGGGCGCCGAAAAAGGCGGGCAGGAUGCCGGGGUCGAGUGGAUUGAUGCGCAGCACGAAGGCUCGACGCUCAACCCGUACAGUCUUAUCCCACACAACGCCGACCUCAAGCUGGCCGACAUCGGCCUCGCGAUGACGGGGGAAACGUUCCACCACCUGCUCAAGUACGCGGCGAAGGAGACGCGCGAGCGAGCGCUGGUGCAAACGCAGAUCUUCGCGCGUAUGUCGCCAGAGCAGAAGCAGGAGCUGGUCGAGCAGCUGCAACAGCUUGCAUACACUGUCGCGUUCUGCGGCGAUGGCGCAAAUGACUGCGGCGCGCUCAAAGCCGCGGACGUUGGCGUCUCGCUUAGCGAGGCGGAGAGCAGCGUCGCGGCGCCGUUCACUUCGAGCACCGAGGACAUUUCCUGCAUGGACGGACUCAUCCGUGAGGGGCGUUCGUGCCUGCAAACGAGCUGCACGUCUGUCCUCUUCCUGGCCAUCUAUAGUAUUACUGAGUACAUGUCGGUCAUCUUACUUUACAUACGCUUCACCAGUUUCGACAAUGCCGAGUACCUCUUCAUCGAUGUCUUUAUUGUGCUAUCAGUGAUGCUCGGUCUGGCCAACUCGCAUCCCGCUCAAAAGCUGGCCAAAUGGGCACCUCCAUCUCGUCUCAUGUCCCGACGUCUGAUUGUGAUGCUCAUCGGCCAUGUAGGGUUGAUGAUGCUUGCCCAGGCUGUCAUCUUUGUCAUCCUCCCAAAGCAGUCGGACUAUAUUCCGCCGGACUUUGAGCCGACAGAUCUGCAGCCGAGCAACUUGGACAACUCUGCGAUCUUCCGCAUCUCACUCUUCCCGUAUUUAGUUUCGACCAUCUGCUUUGCCAUUGGCCCGCCUCACCGGCAGAUUGUCUAUAAGAACCUCUUGCUUUGUGCGGCGCUAUCAAUUCUUCUCAUCUUCUCCAUCUACUUCCUCUUCCUGACGGGCGGGCCAUUCUUCACGUUGUUCGGCUUUGUCGACCUUCCAGCACACUUCCAGUGGCUGAUAUUUGCCGUCGCGGCAGGCUACACGGCCGUCACAUUCACGUUCCACUUCCUGCUGCUCGAGCCGCUCGUCAAGAUGCUCAUCCUGCCCGUGCGUGCGGUGCGUAAAUGGCGCGGCAUCGAUGAGGUCAAGAAAUUCGUACAGGUGCAAGACGCGAUCCGUGCCGGCGUAUGAGAUGACGCCAGAUGGGUUGCAAUUCCCUUUCGGUAGUAAGCGGGCGAGCGACGGCCCGACGAUCCUUUGCGCUCCUGCCCUCUCAUGCUGUAUUGCACUUCAUUGCCCCGCGGUCGAACCUGCGACUGCUUGCAACUUGUAGAGCACUGUUGUAUCCUAGAUGCACGACUGGUCUUCCCAAGUCGUCG